GAAUCACGUCGGUUUCAAAGCAAGCAUGGCGGAUUUCAGUGACACGAAUUCGCACGAAAUGGCAGGAAAUCAUUUUGAAAAGCGUUGUAAUAACCAGUGGGUUCGAUUGAACGUUGGUGGAACAUAUUUUUUAACAGCAAAAACUACGUUAGCCAGAGACCCUAAUUCGUUUCUCUAUAGAUUGUGUCAAGAAGAUUCUGACCUUAUCUCAGACAGGGAUGAAACUGGAGCGUAUUUGAUAGACCGUGAUCCAACAUACUUUAGCCCUGUUUUAAAUUACUUACGUCAUGGAAAGUUGGUGAUUAAUAAAGACUUGACAGAAGAGGGUGUAUUAGAAGAAGCAGAGUUUUAUAAUAUUACUGAAUUAAUUCGACUAGUCAAAGAAAGAAUUUUAUUAAGGGAUACCAGACCACUACGUGAUUCAAAAAAACAUGUUUAUAGAGUUCUACAAUUUCAUGAAGAUGAAUUAACUCAAAUGGUAUCGACCAUGUCCGAUGGAUGGAAAUUUGAGCAGUUAAUCAACAUAGGAUCUCAAUAUAAUUAUGGAAAUGACGAUCAUGCUGAAUUUCUAUGUGUGGUCAGUCGGGAAUAUGGGGCCAGUCAACUCAGUAGCAAGGAACAAGAAGCAACGGAUCGUGUUAAGGUUCUGCAGCAGAAGGGUUCUCGCAUGUAAUCUCUAAAUCUAAAUCCGUCCUUUUCUUUCUUUACUUCGUUUAAUUAAAUCAACUGUGCAGCGACAAGAUGAAGACUGCUUUUGUUUCUACAUUUACACGUUUAAGUUCAUGCAAAUCUUUAUUACUCCAUUUUUUCCUGUAUGGUGGUAAUACAUACACGAGAUAACGUGAAAAGGUACAAUACCUUCUGUAGAUAUAUAGUUAUAAUGUGACACCGUAAAAUGAAGCUUUAAGAACCGAAAGUAUCACACACCAAUGAAUAAAUUUUUUUUUUUACCAUUUGACAAGAAUAGAAACGGAUUGCAGUGACAAAGAUAGCUUUUAAUAAUUCGAGAUGGGAUCAUAAAUUUUUUAAUAAUGGAGAAAAUUUAAUAUUAAAGUAAAAUUUUCUAUCCCAUUGAUAAAUUACGACGACUCCUUUUUAAAAAGGAACAUACUAUAACUAAAAUGUUAAUACAUAUGAUUACCAAUAUUUGUUAAAGAAAUUGUUACUUAGUUAUUAUAGAAAUUAUGUUUUAGUUUCAUUAAAUAGUUGAAAAGACAAUAGCAUUCAUGAAGGCAAUCUUUUUCAUACAAAUUUUUACAAUGAAUAUAAAUACUAUCUCUAGUAGUAAACAGUUUAUCUUUUUGUACCAAAAUGUACAAAAAUAAUUUUUACCUUAAUUAUGUCUUUGUCGUAAUGUUACCAAAAUUACUUACAUUUACAUUGCUGCUAUAAAAUAUAGGAUAAUGUUUGUAUAUCUUGCAUAAUAAUUUUAAUUAUCCAAUACAAAGUUAUACCACAAAGGAAUAUCAUUUUCAAUAAAAGCAAUGUAUUAUAUCAUUUAAUAAUACAUGAUGUAUAAAAUGAAUAAAAUUUGAAUGUAAAAUUUUUAAUCCUAUAUGCAGAAAUUCCUUUUACUAUGUCACUGACAACGAGUCCAAGUCGGACUGCGACAUAGCAAAAGUUAUUACUGUAAAAUUGUAAAACAAACAAAGGAUAAAAGAGAAAAUUCUAAACCAUUUAACAGUAAUUUUUCUUUUAAAUUCAUCUAAUAUUUAUUAUGUAACAGUUUCUUUCUUAUAAUGCAAUCAAAGUAAUAGAUUUAAAGCAAUGUCAAAAGAUAUAUUAUUUUCCAUACCAUCCUCUCUUUCUUUUUUUCUUUUAUCCAUAAUGCACAUACUCCGGAUAAGUUUUUAUCGUUUAAGUGUUAAAAUUUGCAAUACAUGUUUGCAGUCUCAAAAAUGAAAGCACUUUACAACAGAGAUUAACAUAGGUUGUCAAUUGUUAAAGGCCUAUUAAAGAAGUGUUGUAGACAAUAUAUUCAUAAUUAAAUUAAAAGCAUUAUUCAUGAGAAUAAAAUUAUACGUAGUAUUAAAUCGUCAUAAGUACUGUUAGAACGAUGUAUGUAUGUAUCUAUAUACAUAUAUGUAUAUGUGUAUAUAUUAAUAUACUGCAUAUAAAUAUAUGUAAUAAUAGUUUCGCAAGAAAAAAUUUAUUUCUAGUUACUAACGUGAAACAGUUCAGUGAUACUAUUAACUAAUUACAUUUUUACAUUAACACGGUAUAAGUAAACGCUAUUUUUAAAAAAAUGUAUUACAAUUCACACAGUGAAAAACUUUGUAAUUUAAUGGUAAGAACGAAUCAUACAAAUUUAUCGAUUGGCUGAUAAUCACUCGUUUUCAUACUAAAAAAUAUCAGGAAAAUUAGGACCAAUAUUGAUAAUUCCCUGCAAUGUACAGUGUUAUUAAUAUCAUGAUAUGAUAUUGUUUUGCAAUUUAAAUUCGCGUCAUUAAGUUAAUUGAUAUUAGUGUUCACUAUUGUCACAUUAAGCAUAUGGAUAUAACUCUCUGUAUGUGAAAGAGUUUGUACUUUCAUAGAUAUAUUUCUAAAUCCAUUAACUGUUUAAUGUUUAUUGUUAGAGGAGAUACUAGUAUUUAUAUAUAUUUAAAAAUAAAUUUUAACACCGAUAAUUAUUUUAAGUUAGAUACAAGAGUGAUUGUAGGAGAAAGUGUAUAAAUAUAAGUGAUAUAAAUGGGAGUUUAUAGCAUCGUUAUCGUGGUGGUAAAAGAAAAUAAUUCCACUUAGAAAAAGUGUACUCAUUUUGUGAUUAUUUUUCAAUUCAUAUACGUUCACGAUUAUGUGAACAUGUCUAUUUAAUAUUUAAUUUUACAUAAGUAUUUCGUCAAGACUGUAUUUUACGAUAUGUAACCAAGUUUAAUAGUUUUAAACUCAGCUCAUGCAUAUUUAACACUGACAAUUAGUAUACAAAACGAAUAAUAUCGAAUUGUAUAAUUUAUAUUUUUUUCACGCUUCAUUACACUUUUUGUCUUUAAUAGAAAAAGAUAAAUAAUAUAAUUUGUUUUUACUUUAUCGUUAUAAAAUAAACAAAGUAAACAACUAUUUCUACAUAAUUAAAUUUAUAAGACACAAUUCAAAUUCAUCCAAAUCAAGAUUUUCACUGCAAUAUUACAUAAAUAACUAUUGCUAUUCCUGCAUAGUAAUAUGUUACUUUAAUUAUUACAUGAAUAUAUCUAUAUAUAUAAACUAUAUUCAUAACACAAAUUUUAUAAGAAUAAGUAUACAUGCAGUAACUAUUUUAAUGGUAUAAAUAAGUUUUUCCUACACGAAACUUACACUUUGAUAACAAAAAAGUCAUUUUAGUUCCUUUUGUAAUAAUGAAAUAAAUAAAAGAAAUAUUAAUUGAAUUAUUAAAAUUAAGAAUACUGUGUAAGACUAAUACAUGGUUGAAAAGUGAUAUGAACUCCUCGGUCAUUUUAUAUAAAUGCACUAUAACGAGAUUAUCAGUAAAUACUAACAUAGUUUUAUUUAUUUAGUUACAUUGUGCUUUAAAACAAUUUUAAUUGUAUCGUAGGACACUUAAUAUAAAUUACUAUGCAGUAGGUUCUGUAGCGUAAUUUACGAUAAGUUAAUGUUAACAAAAUAAUAAUACUUUAUCGUGUACAAUUUGUUUUCAAAUAAAUAGGAUUUAAUUUUUGUAAGAACAUAAUCAAGAGAACGAUCAGUUUUUUGUGUUAAUGUAAAUUUGCAAUGUUUCGCGCAUUAAACAAAAUGAGUUUCUGUGUAAGCCAUUUAAAAUACAUAUUUUGAUUAUAGUGUAUUAUAUGUAUUAUUCUUUGAGAAUAUAUCAAAAGUAAUUGUUUGUAUUAAUUGUAAUUCAUUUCAAAUAAACAAAUAAUUACACAAUUAAAUACCGUUUGAUGAAUAUCAAAUAUUAUACAGCAG